AUGCCUUCACUCUGUUUUCAUCGCCUUACCAGCCUCGCGAGGCGGCCGGGCUCAAGGGUUGUUUACUCGAGAAGCGUUUUGGGCAGGUCAAUUGCGAGGGCGUACAGCUCUACUCAACUGAGCUUCAGUACCGGACCAGAUGAGCCUCCUCUCCUCAAACACACAAUCCCCCAACACUUCGCCUCAAUAGUCUCCGCCCACGGCGACCUCCCAGCCGUCACAGCCCGCGCCCCCACGGUCCUCACCGCGACGCCCCUCACAUCCUCCGCGCCGCUCCCGCCCGCCGUCACCACCUCACUCACCUACCACGAUCUUGACCUCCUCUCAAACACCCUCGCCCACGGCCUUCGCUCCCUCGGCGUCCGCAAAGGCGACCGCCUCGCGGUAUCCCUCGGCAACGGCGCCGAGUUCGCAGCACUCACCUACGCCGCCUUCAAGCUCGGCGCCGUGCUGGUCCCGCUGAACCCGGGCUUUAACGCCAAGCAGGUCGGCGCCGCGUUGCGGCAUUUGGGGGUCGAGGUGUUGAUCAUCGGCAAGGUCACCGAUUUGCCGUAUAAACCGGGGUGGGGGCGGAGUAAUCUCGAGCUUUUGAGGAGUAUCGUUCCUGAUCUCGACUCGGUGAGGGCCGGGGGCGACGUGGAGAGCGAGGUCGUGCCGAGUCUGAAGAAGGUCGUGGUGGUGGAUAACCUCAAGUUCCACCCGAAAGUCGACUUUCCGAAGUUCAAGGCCCUGACGCCGUACGAAGUCCUGCUCGACGGGGGAAGGGGGAACGUCGUGCCCGACGAGGAACUCAAAGCCGACGAGACGGUCAACAUCCAGUUCACGUCCGGGACCACCUCGCAGGCCAAGGCGGCCAUGCUGACGCACACCUCCGUGCUGAACAAUGGGUACCUGAUCGCCAAGCGGAUGGGCCUCGUGCCGGGCGACAGGAUCGUGGUGCCGCCGCCGCUGUUCCACUGCUUCGGGUGCGUGCUGGGGUACAUGGCGACGGCCACCACGGGGGCGGGCAUCCUCUUCCCGAGCCCGGCGUUCGACCCCGUCGCGACGCUGCGGAUGGUCGCCGAGUACGACGCCACGGGCCUCUACGGCGUGUCGACCAUGUUCGUCGCGGUGCUGGAGGCGCUGGCGUCCGGGCAGGUCGUGAGGCCGGAGGACAUGCCGAAGGGGUUGAGGAAGGGCAUCGCGGCGGGGAGUUCCGUGCCGGAGAGCCUGAUGAGGCGGUUAUACGACACGCUGGGCCUGCAGGACCUGGUCAUCUGCUACGGGCAGACGGAGACGAGCCCCGUGAGCUGCAUGACCGCCCCGGACGACCCGUUCGAGAAGAGGACGGGGAGCGUGGGGAAGGCGAUGCCGCACACGGCGCUCAAGAUCGUGGACCCCCUCGAUAGAAACAGGAUCCUGCCGCGGGGGGAGAGGGGGGAGCUCGCGGCGGCGGGGUACCUCGUGAUGAAGGGGUACUGGGGCGACGAGGCGAAGACGGCGGAGGUGCGUGUGGCGGACGGGGAGGGGACGGUGUGGAUGUACUCCGGGGACGAGGCGGCGAUGGACGGCGAGGGGUACGUGGAGAUCACGGGGCGGAUCAAGGACCUGAUCAUCCGGGGCGGGGAGAACAUCCACCCGCUCGAGGUGGAGAACUGCCUGUUCCAGAUGGACGGGGUGAAGGAGGUGGCGGUCGUGGGCGUGCCGGACGAGAGGUUGGGGGAGAGCGUGGGCGCGUUCGUGGUGGUGAAGAAGGGGUGGGAGGCGGACGGGGAGGGGGAGAGGGGGGUGACGAGGGAGGGGGUCAGGGGGUGGGUGAGGGAGCACCUGUCGAGUCAUCUCGUGCCGAAGCACGUCUUUUGGGUGGAGGAUUAUCCGAAGACGCCGAGUGGGAAGAUUCAGAAGUUUAAGUUGAGGGAUAUGGCGAGGGAGAUGUUGAAGGGGGAGAAGGAGUGA